UCUUGGAAAAACUUGGAAAAAUUAGUGAAAAAAAUAAGAGAUUUCAUAUUUUACCUUUUAAUAAUUUUAAAUAAAAAUUCUUAAAAUUUAUUAGAUUCCUUUUUACUAUUAAUUUGUUAUAAAAGGAAAUAUUGUACAUUUUGAUAGAAAUUUUACGAUGGAGUGUUAAGGAUUGUGUGUAAAUAACUAGAUAUUACGGACACUUAUAAUCGCUACCCUUGUAAAAUUUAUAAAAAUUAAAUUAUUGGAAAAGGAGAUGGAUAAUUCAGAAAUCGACGUUAAUGCUAUGAAACAAAAGAUUGCCGAGGAAUAUCUUUCGAGCUUGGCCGAUUUAAAUGUUAAUAGCAAGCCAUUAAUUAAUAUGUUAACAAUAUUGGCAGAAGAAAAUAUUGAACAUGCGGAAGUUAUUGUAAAAGUCGUUGAACAACAUAUCGCAAAGGUAAAUCCGGAUAUAAAAUUACCAGUUCUUUAUUUAAUUGAUUCGAUAGUUAAGAAUGUUGGCGGUCAAUAUAUACAGCUAUUCAGCCAAUGUAUUGUAAACAUUUUCGUGGGAGUUUUCGAUAAGGUGAAAGAAAACGUUCGAGAAAAAAUGUAUACUCUGCGUCAAACUUGGGUAGAAGUAUUUCCACCACAAAAAUUAUAUACUUUAGAUGUUAAAGUGAAGUGCAUUGAUCAAAAUUGGCCAAUUACAGCAAAAGUUCCAACACCUUCUAUUCACGUUAAUCCAAAAUUUUUAGCAAAAGAGAGUACUGAUUCGUCUGAAAUGCAGGCAAAACUAUUAGCAAAACAACGAGAAUUAUUAGAACUUCAAAAUCGAAAAUUAGAAAUGGAACUAGAAGCAACAAGAUUGUGUUUAAAAGCUCAAGAACAAAAGAUGCAAUCAGAAAGAACUACAGAAACUUCUUUAAUAUCUCCACCAGCACCAACAGCACUCGGUGGAAUAAAUACAGAAAAAGCCAUUUCUCUACAGACUCCACAAAUUAAUGUUCACGUUAAUAAAAAUUAUCCAUUUAAUCAAAUAAGAGGCAAUAUAAAAAAAAAUCCAGCUCAAAAUAUGUUUCCUGCAGCUUCGAACGCUUCAGCUAACAAACCUCGAGUGGCUCCUGUAAAUUCUGCCAUGUUAAGCGCUUUAAGUCGAAGAGAUCCACGUUUGGCGCGUCAGCAGCAACAAAUUCAACAAGAUCACAAUAUAAGUAAUGAUAUUCCAGAAUCCGUUAUAUCAACGCCCAUUUUGCAACAAAAGAUUGAUUCUGUUAAACGAAGUGACGAAGACUCAACUUCAUCUGGGCAAAAGAAAUCUGAGAGCCGAAGCUUUGAUGAGCGGAAUAGUAACAAAUCAAGACCAAAAAGUGAUGCACCUACGUCUAAUAAAGAUCGUCGUUCACCAACUUCAAGAGAAAAGGGAUUAAAGAAUUCAGAAAAAUCUAAAGGUCUGCCUUUAAGUAGAAGUGAAAGAAAAGAUAAAGAUCGUCAUAAAGAUAAAGAUAAGAAAUUUUUAGAUAAAAAGCUGAAAGACUUGAGUGACGAAAAAUUGAAGUCAAAAGAUGAAAAAUAUCUUAAAGAUACUAAUACUGCAGUCUUAACAACUGAUGUUCCAUUACCACCUAAAGUUGUUGAGUUAUCCUUUAACGAACGUGUUAGUACAAAACGAUCUCCAUCAAGAAAUUCAGGAAAUCAUAAAUCAUCUCCUUUAAAAGAACUUAAAGCUAAAGAAAUUAAAUUUCAUAAUAAAAGUCCAAGUCCAAGUAAGGAAAAAGCAAAAUUAGAAAAAGAGCAACCGGAAAAAAAAAUAAAAUUAAUAAGCACAGUAAAUGCAACAGCAACCACAUUGUCAACAACCAUGUCGACUAGUACUUCACCUGCAAGUACUGAAACUACAGCGUCAUCAUCAACCGUCACUUCAAAUAUAAUAAAAGAGAAAUUGCCUAAAAUACCAAAAUUAGAGCAGAAUAAAGAUGAUGGACUACCGGUACCUUUACAUAAUUCGAGCAAAGAUGUUGAUCUUAGAAAUAUAACAAAAAUGGAUAUUGACAUCAGUCCGAUUAAUAAUAAUGAAAUAAUUGAUAAAAUUACUAAGUCUGAUGAAAUGGGUCAAGAAAAUUUGGUUGAAAUUCAUCCUAAUGUGAUUAAAAAACGGCCAUCUUGUGAUGAAUUUUCGUUAGGGGAACCAAUAGUAAAAAAAAGCAAAGUGGAGGAAAUUGAUGAAAAAAUUGACAUACUUUUUGGAACAGAAGAUGUUGAUUUAAGAAAGUUACCUGCACCUGAAGUGUCGCCACCGCCACCACCAGUAAUAUCUAACGAAAGUGAAAAUUGGGCUAAAGUAAAGGGUAUAAAACAAGUAGUCUCAUCACUAUCUACUUCAUUGGAGAAAUUUUCAAAUAAAUCUUCACUAGAUGACGUGCGAGCCAAAUUAGCGAAAGCAGCUAAAAAUAAUAAUUAUUCUUUUGGUAAGGGAACUAAAAAAACAAUAAAAAAACCUAUUGUUGAAGAAUUUAACGAAGAUUCUCAAGAUGGUGCUUCUGAAAAUAUUCGCACCAUUAUUAAUCAGGCACAAGAAUUGCUUGAAUCAAAAAGCAUCAGUUCCGAUCAAUAUAACACGCUUGUUAAAACGGCAAUGCAAAUAAAUGAAACUAAUAAAUUGAAAGAAGCUCAAAGGCGUGAAUCUUUAACGUUACAAAAUGAUAAAGAGAAUAAAAAUGAUGAUACUAAAUUAAAACUUUCAAAUUUAUCUCCAAAAGAGCAGCGAAAGAAACUUCCCAAAAUACCAAAAACAACAGACUCAAAGCAAAUUGCUUCUGAUACAAAAGCAUUAGAAACUAAAAAAUCAGAAGUAACACAAGAAUUUAAAGAUAUUGUUUCAAAACAUAAAAAUUCACCGUUAGAAAAGUCAGAUGAAAAAGACAAAGACACAUCAGGAAAUAUUUCGACGCGUCGCAGGAGAAAAGAGUCAAAAUGGUCAGCUAUGACACCUUGGGAAAUUCAGCAACAAAAACAGCAAAAUUGGAUGAUGCAACAACAGCAACCAGGUGGUAUACCACCACCUCCAUUUCCACCGAAAUUGCUUGCUAUACCACCAGUUCCAACGGCUGGUUUGCAAGGAACUCACAAUCAAUGGCAAAACCCACCAUCAAUAAUUUUUGGUGGUAAUGCUAUACAACCAAUAGCUGCGGCUUCUGUACAAAAUUUAAACAAUAAUUCUAGUUUAGUUAACCCCGGAAACGCAAUUUCUGGUCCCGCAUUUAGCAAUUCAGUUAAUAAUCCACAAGAUGAUAUAGUACGUACCAUUCCUAUUGAUGGCGUAUCCAAAGAGAUAAGAAUUUAUGACGAUGUUGCUAUCGUUUUUAUGGAUUGGGAUCAACCAAGAGAAAUAGGGUUUCAGAAUGGUCAACGAAGAAUAAUUAUCGAUAAUCAGGAUCCCAUAGCAUUAAAUUUUAACGAAGAUUUCGUAAAUAUAACUAUAAGUGGUUCUAUACAUCGUAUAAAAUAUGGUUUUCCAUCAAGAGAAUUAUAUAUAGACGCUAAUUGGUAUGAAUGCUAUUUCGGGGGACCACCUUUUACUAUCCCAUUAGAUGGAAAAUUUCACGUGUUGCAAAUAGAGGGACCACCUCCUCAAGUACACAUUGGUCCCAUUAGGCAGGAUUUAGUAGUUGGAAAAAUAAAUUUAGUAAUUGAUGCGCAUGUUGUUAUCCCAGUUUUUCUGGAUUCCAGGGUUCAAAGUUUUGAAUUGUAUAAUAAAAAACAUGUUAUACAGUUUGCUGACGCUCUAUCUACUGCUCUAAUUGAUAACGAACCAAUUGAAGUUGAAUAUGGUGGUUUACCGAAAAGUUUUGAUAUGAAUGGCGAAAAGCAUUUUAUUCGUUUUACAACAUUGCCAAAUGGCAUUUUACCUGGAAAAGUUAAUAUAAAAAAUAUGAUUCAUGUAAAAUCAAAGGAAAUUGCAGUUGAUAGUAUAAAACCUGAUCUUGACGUUAAAACUACAACAAUUGCAGCUUUACCACACAAUUUACCACCAAUCGGGGCUGCCCCUUUGCCAUUAGAUAUUUCAGUGAAGGUAACAGAAACAACAAAUCAUGGAACUGAAACAGCUCUUAGUUCAACCGCUUUAAUCAAUUUAAAUUCAAAUACGGCAACAUCAUUAGAAACAGUUCCUGGAGUAAAUUCUUUUCCUAUAUCAAACCAAACAGCACUGCCAAAUGAACAAACUACCGCAAUUGAUUCAACUCCCGCACCGGUUUUGCCAUCUCCUUUAAACAUAGAUGAACUGUUUCAAAAGUUAAUAGCAUCUGGAAUUCUAAAUAAAGAAUCUAAACCGGAUGAAGCGAAAAAAGAAGAAGAGAAAGAGGCAAAUAAAAUUGUUCCAAUUGAUUUAAAGAAGUCUGAAUCAAUCAAAACACGCCAAGCUGGCGUCGUAAAUACAUUAUUUAGCGGAAUGCAGUGCAGUAGUUGUGGUCUGAGAUUUCCUCCGGAGCAAACAAUGAAGUACAGUCAACACUUGGAUUGGCACUUUAGACAAAAUCGACGUGAGAGAGAUUCAAAUCGGAAAGCUCAUUCGAGAAAAUGGUACUAUGAUCUCAGUGACUGGUUGCAAUACGAAGAAAUUGAGGAUUUAGAAGAUCGCGAAAAGAAUUGGUUUGAAACCCAACAAGUCGAAUUAGAAACUGAUGAGAAUUCAAAUCAAAAAUGUCCGUCUCCACAACCCAGUUGCCGCGCUGAGUCAGAUGAUGUUGAUAGAGGCUGUGAAAUUUGUUUAGAAAAAUUUGAGCAUUUCUAUAACGAAGAAUUAGAAGAGUGGCAUUUGAAAUCAGCUAUCAAGGUUGAUGAUCUUUUUUAUCAUCCUAUAUGUUACAAAGACUUACAGGAUGCUAUUGCAAAGGAAGCAAAAGAGUCUAGCGUUGCAAAGGAAAAAUCUGAAGAAAAAGAAAUUGAAGAAACAGAAUGCAUUGAAAUCGAUGACAGCGUCGUAAUGGUAAAGCAGGAAAAACUCGAGGACAAUGGUAAAAAACAGUCUGAAAUCGAAGAAGACGACGAUGAUGUGAUUGUUUUACCUAAUGAAGAACCAAGUAUCACAGAGAUUCCAGAUGAUGACGAUGAUGAAAUAAUUGUAUCUGUAAAUGAAGACUCUGCUAAAGAAAAAAAUAACCAAACUUCUACAGAAAGCGAAAAAUCUAGUCAAAUUGAAGUUCCAUUAACAAAUGAAUCAAUUGUUACUUCUUCUGAAACAGUACCUAAUACCGGAAAUAAAGUUUUAGGAAAUAUUUCUAUGGAAGAUGAUAUACUUAUAGAAGAACCGCAAAUUCCUUUUCAAGAUUUGGAUACUUAUGUAGAAAAAGAUUUGAGUCAUUUAAAUGAAGAAUCUACUCAGUCUUCAUUUGCCAAUAUCAAAAUAAAAGAGGAACCAAAAGAUGAUGACGAAGAUGCGAUUAUCGAAGAAGAUGAUGUUUUUGAAGAUGUCGGAACAGUAGAAAUAAUUAACGAUUCUAUAGAUUCGCCUCUAAUAACGACACCAAUCCUUGAUGUUGAGGAGGAAUUGAGCGAUAGUAACAAUACAAUUACUACAUUGGGCAAUGAUGUGUCUUCCUCUGUAAAUGUAUCAAUAGAUGGUAAUAUUAGAAUUAAUAAUGUACCAUCCCAAAAUAUAGGUGUAAAUAAAAUUAAAAUAAAUAUUACUAAAAAUAUUGUAAAUUCUAGUAAUAACUCUAAUUUAAAUAAUGUUAGUUUAAAUGAAAAUAAUAGUAGUGAAAUAGAUACAAAUAAAAUUGAUAAGAUAGAAUUGCAACAUCAACAAAGGCAACAAAAUUCACAAAUUUCAACAAUUCCUGUCAUAACAACAAAUCAAAAUUUUAAUAGGCGCGAGUUCAGUGUUUAUAAUAAUAAUAUAUCAACAAUGUCACAAAGUUCAACAGCUACAACAACAAUAACAAAUGCCGCAAGUUCAAUCAACGUAAUUAGUAAUAAUCUAAGUAAUAAUAAUAAUAAAAUUACCAGUAGUAGUAGUAGUAUUAGUAAUAGUAAUCAAACAAUUUCACUUUUAAAUAAAUUAAAUACAUCAACUCCCACGUCGAGUCUUCUUUCAAACUCGACUACUUUAAUAAGUAUUCCAACAACGGACAUUGAACCAACUAGUACUGAAAAUAAUAAAAACGAUGAAAAUCAGAAUGAGACACCAAAAAUGGAAUUUAAAGUUAAACCAGAAUUGCAAAAUGUAGAAUUUAAAACUGUAGAGAAACUUGAAAAAGGUUAUGAGACAUCCGGAUUAUGUUCCAUUAUGUAAAUUAUUAAAAGUGAAAUUGAAUAGUUUAAUCGAAUUUCUAUAACAUUAAAAAAACAUUUGGUAGCUCAAUUUUGGAUAUGAAUUUAUUUGAAAGUAAAUCUUGUAUAAAUUUGAAUAUAUGUAUAUAUCUUGAGUUAUGCAUUUUUAGGAUCGGUUUACCCCAUUUUAAAUCUAAAUUUUGAAAUAUAUCCUUUUUAUUUAAACCAAUAUAAAAAUUUAAGAUUGUUGUUUUCCGUAAGUUUUCAAUUUUAAAAAAAAGAGCAGAUUAAUUUACAUUUAAUCAUGAAAUUGUGAUAAAAUAUUUUAUGCGAAAUAAUAAAAAUUUUUACGAAAUACCUUUUCUUAAUUAAAGGUUGAAUUUGUAAAAAAAAACAAUAAAAUCAUUUGAAGUAAAACAAAAAUUUAUUUGCGUUUAAGUUUUUUAUUUUUAUAUUUUAACUUUGCUACAAC